AUGAGCAUGUGCUAUUCAACGUCCGCACAAUCUACAACAAAGACAAAUAUACCAUGGUUUAAAAUCAAUAAACUGUACGAAAAAAUAAGUUUAUCAUCAGAAGACCAUGUCAAGCAUUUUCUUGCAACCAACUUUUUAUUUGAAAACGAACAUUUCAUUUCCUAUAACAAGCCAGCAGGAGUCCAUGCCUUCUGUGGGAUUGAGAGAAACUUAGAGGACAGGACAAGCUCAGUUGAAGACAUUAUUCACUUGAUAGCUCACAAGCACGACUGUCCAGAUUUGCAAAUAUGCAAUGCACCACAUCUAGAUUAUUCCGGAGUUAUGUUGUUGGCCAAAUCUUCUGCUGCUAAUAAUGCAAUGAGAAAAUCCUUCAAACUUGCCAAGAAAGCUGAAAAAUAUCUAAGAACGGACCUAGCAAUUACAAUAGGAGUUCCUGACCCCCCUACUGAUUUGAUAAAAGUAUCGAUCGAAAACAGAAAAAUAAAAGAAAAGAUCGUUGAAAUGCCUGUUUUAAACCCAUCUAUCACUAAAAUAAAAACUAAAGCAGUAAGGUUAAGGAGAUCAUAUUAUGAGGUGCUGGACUCAAUGAAAGGGAUGUCUUUAGUCAAAAUACUAACCUCGUGA